AUGUCCUCCGCCUCGGGCCUCGGCGGGAAGGAGGGGCCCUCCUCCGCCUUCUCCGUGGACCUCGUGGCCGCCGCGCGCCGGCUGCUGGCCUUCCUCCGCGCGGCGCCGGUCGGGGUGGGCCCGCGGUCCGUGCGGAGGUACGAGGAGCUGUGGAUGCCGCUCGCGGCGGGGGACUCAGGCGGAGGAGGAGAGGCGGCGAUGCUGCUGCCGCCACCCGACGUGCACCUCGUCUGGCUGUGCCACUGCUUCCACCAUGAGAGCUACUCCGCGUACUGCAUUUCAAGGUUUGGACGCCUCAUCAACCGUCCAUCAAUCCUUGAUGUGGAGAAUGAGGUGUAUGCUGAGGACCAUUGUCGGGAUGUCUGGGCUACUCAUUUCCCAUCCGAGCCAUUUGACCUUGACACUAAUGAGAUUGAUGGAAACAGUGUUGAUAACAUAUCCUGUGACAAUGUCAAUGGUGAAAUUGUCAAAAUGGUGAGACGGUACACUGGCAUAGCAGACCGCUUUGCGUCACCUUUUGUGUGGGAAGGUGUCUACCAUGUUGCUGCUAGGCGGCAAUACGUUCGUUUCCUGGACCUUAUCAAGAAGGUUGUGUGUGCAACCCAAGAAUGCACACGGCUUGUGCCUAGCCUAGACAUAUUACUGAUGUGGCUUGCUCACCAGAGUUUCCCUGUGUGUUAUGCCACGGAUAUGCUAGCGAUGGGCAUCAGGGACAAUGUUGCAAAAGUGGGGGUUGGUUAUGGGGAAGUGGUGAGUGAUGAGGUGGUAGGGAGGACAAGGGGACUGUGGGAGGACGCAUAUGAUGAACCAUAUGAUAUGGCUGGAUCAGAGGUUGAUGCGGGAGCAGUUAGCGCAGCAAGGGAGGCAUUUUACUGGGUGCCAGCAGCAUCAGAGGCGGAUGCCAACCGGCUAUACAAGAGUUUGCAGCCAAGAUUUAUUAUGGAGGUAUAUGUGUUCUUGAAGGGAGAAUUUGAUAAGGAGCCCACCAGUAAGGAGUUCCUACGAUUGCGAACACAGAGGUGUCACAGAUCACUAAAACUCAACAAAUCGAUGUCCAAUUUAUCCUGCAAAAGCUGGCAGAAAGUAUGGCACUUGUAUUGUGAAUUUGCAACCCGGGGCCUCCUCAUUGAGUUCAGGCGUACCCUUAGUGGGUGCUUCAGGAAAAGCAAGUUCCUCAAGAACAUCUCAUUCUCAUGGAGUGAUGUGUUGCAUGAGAAAGCACUCACUCUCACAGAGGAACUUGAUGUCAGGAUGAGAGCGAUGGCAUCAAUUACCCCUCCAGUUCAAGCACCAUACUUGUUGAAGUGUGUGCCUGAUCGAGUCACUGAUGAUGGUGGGGCCAUGAUUUCUGAUGUCAUAUUGCGCAUGAGAAAUUACCGUCCACAAGAAGGACGUUGGUUGACACGCACUGUACUUGAUCACAGUGGGAGAGAAUGUUUUGUCAUCCGGAUGAGAGUAGGCAGAGGGAUUUGGCGGAGAGGUGCUGAAACUCCCAUGGCAGUGAAAUGCGAGGAUAGGAGCAUUGAGGUUCGAGAAGGAUCAUGGUCAUACAUUGCUAAUACAAGCUCCGUUGGUUAUGCUCCUGAAAAGAUAGUGGGCACAGCAACAGUGAUGAAAGAUCAACAGGAGAAUAAGGUAGUUUGGAGCUUAUCAACAGGAGAUACACUGGCAGUACGUUUGGGAGAUGAACUCAGCUUUCAGUUGAAAAAUGACAGCUCAGAAGAGGAGGCAAGGCUGCUUGUCGGGAGGAGAUUGAGCUACAGAGUAAACACUGAUAAUGCAUCGAGCAACCUAGUUGAGGAGGAGCAAUACAUCACACUUGUUCGUAAGUCACCGGAUCAUCAUGGUGACAGAGCAACCAUGCUUCUAAACUGGAAAUUACUUGCUGUGGAGUUCUUACCUGAAGAGGAUGCAGUUUUUGUUCUUCUCCUAUGCAUGGUGAUUGCGCAGACCAUGACAGAGAUCAGGAGAGAAGAUGUGGCUGGGCUUUUAGUGCGACGGAGAAUAAGUGAAGCAAGGGCAGGGCAGAGAGACUGGGGUUCGGUGAUGCUUCCUGGCUCACUUUCGCCAGAUCCUCAUUUGCAGCCUUGGUACCGGAACGCAGCGCAGGUUUUGAGCUCUGUGGAGACAGGACCAAUGCUCGCUAAGUACUCACCUGCUGAUGGAAAGGACAUGUUGUACAGGCAAGCUCUUAUACCCUGA